GGUUAAAACCAAAAUGGAUCCGUGUGAGCAUAGUGUUCAUUUGGCUGAUAGCAAUAGCAAUUGUUGUUCCUUACGCCAAAGCGUUGAAAUACAUUGACAAUGGUUGCUGGGAAGUUUGGUCUGUUCCCGAGAAUGCAAAAUACUAUACGGUGGCAUUGUUCAUUAUCGACUACUGCAUACCAUUGACUAUCAUAACGUAUUGUUAUGCAAAAGCUGGCUAUGUGCUGAAUACGAAAUUUAAGAAGUUUAACAGAAAGGAGUGCACGUCAGCGAAGCAGAAUUUGGCGACUAUGAAACGCUUACAACAAAAUAAGAAGGUUAUUAAGGUAGGAUAGCUUGCGUCACACGGGGUAGCAAAUCUUCGAGUUAAGCCCCUCGAGUUAAGCCCUUCGAGUUAAGCCCCGACCACGCCCUUUCGAGUUAUGCCCCUACAACCGCUCAUGCCACACCCAUUUCCGUUGAGGGCUUAACUCGAAGUACAUAACUGAAGUUAGAUACUUCGAGUUAAGCUCUCUAGAAAAUAGGGGCUUUCUCGAGCAAAGUCAAACAUUUUUUUCUUCGAGUUAAGCCCCAACGUUUGAAAGAUGUAAACGAGUUACGGUUAAUCUGAUCCCAAACAAGUUAAAUUAUCAUUUGGAUCGCGUUUCGUUCAAUCACGGUUGCAAUGAUUUAAGAAAGCAAAUUAACCACUAGUCGUGCUAUUCACCAAAGCAGUAAACUAAGAUUUGGCGUUUGAAGUUGACUUUUGGCGUAUAAAUUUCAUGCUUGAACUGCUACGAGGGCUUGUAGUCGUUAAAGCAUGAAAUUUAUACGCCAAACGUCAACUUCAAACGCCAAAUCUUAAUUUACUGUUUACAUCAUCAUCAUCAUCAUCAUCACCAUCAUCACCAUAACUAACAUAUCACUCUCCUAGAUAUUCAGUACAGCCGUAAUUAUGUUCGUCAUCUGCGUAUUACCAGGAGAUUGUUACUGGAUGUGGCUCUCAUUCAGAACAAACGAAUACCAUCCCUACGACGAACACCUACAAGCAUUCUCCGCCAUCAUCCUCUACGCAAAUUCGGCCAUAAACCCGUUCAUAUUCGGCGCCGUUCAAAUGAUCUGCCAUCGAACACUGAGAUCGCAAGUCAUGGAGCAAUUGACCAGCACUACAGGUUUUUCACGCAGCAAGGGAAGUGGAAGCUCCGUUGGCACGGUCGAAGGAUUGCAUCGUAAAUCGUUUUCACGAACAGCCAUUCGAAAAAAUACAAACUACACGAUUUUAAAAACGAGAGAUGAAGCGCCGAACGGUCCGAACGCAAAGGAUGCGAACAACACGAUACCAGGGGAACACGGCACGAAACUAAGAUACCGUGACACGGAUAAUAGGUUACGUGACACGAGUCAAGAUUGUCGUGACACGAAUCAAGAAUUCCGUGACACGAACGGGGAACAACAGGACACGAAGAAGCUGUGCGAUUCGGAUCAAAAGUCUCGUGACACGAGUCGAGCACAAUGUCACACGGAAGAACCACAACGUGACACUAAUAGGGAAGAGCGUGACACGAGCGAAGCCUCACAGUGCAAAUCAAAUGAAACGUUAAACGAUGCACGAUCGAUAUCGAGCGACUCCAGUGCAACAUUGAAUCGAGACAGCGACACUUUCAGUUUGACGAGCGAAACGGUUCAGAACACGAAUUGCGAGCUCACAAAACAACCUGAUAACACGGAUCGCCAAUAUUACAACACGAAUGAAAGGAUCGUGCAACACGCAUUGCAAGAAAGCUCCAACGAAACGGAAGAUUCUGAACCAAACACGCUUCGGAACACGAGAUGGCCAGAACGCGAUGUGAAUAAGAGCACGGAAAACGAUCUUCAAAACACGAAGUCAAGCGAGUGUGAAAAAGACAAUUCUAGCGACUUCUGUGGAAGCUCAGAAUUUGGACUCGAUAAAAAUCGGAAUAUAUUGCAAUUUAUGAGGGAAACAAACUUGUAGGAAUUUAGAGAUUUGUUUAAAGUAUGUAUAUAACAUCGUGGGCGGAUCUGUUAAAGAUAUUAGAGACCUUACGAUUGGCAACGCAACGGCUACCAAUACAAUAAAUCACUAAAGGGAAUUGAAUAAUAAUACAAUAUAUGAAUAAUUAAGGCAUUAUCCUCGCUCUGUUUACAACGCCAAAUCACAGAUUUUCACGUCUUGAUACAACGGCUGCAUUCCAAGCCGCAACAAGUGCAACUUCAAACUGAGUUCAGCAGAACUCUUCCCAGCCAUAACACUCAUGCCUUCAACUUCUAAGACUGUAUUAAAUUCAUACAAUUGAUAAUAUACGACGAACUAUUUUUACUACCAUUUAUUUGAAGGAGUUUGUUUUGGCCGUCGUCGUCGCGUUGCCGUCCUAAAAUCGUAAGAUAUCUAAUGUAAAACGUAACAGAACGGCGAACAUGCAGAUUCGGCCAUCUCAAAUCAUGGUAAUGUUGGGAUAGUAGCGUUGCAGACUGCAGAGGAGAGUGGGCAGUAAGGCUCCCUCAUGCACCACCCCAUGGAAAACCUGCACCCCUCCUUGCAGAUGAGGCUAGAUCUGCCUCUGUAGAACAUUGUUGAGAAUUUUGCAGGUUGUUAAUAAAUCAUUUAUGGAAUUAUGCACGUCGCGUUGAAACGCACAAAUAUUUUCGCUAGGAAACGGUUCUUGUCUUUGAUAAUCCGAAAUCUUUAGCCCGGGUCAAAAAACUGCUGUAUUACAAUAACGACAUAUAUACAUUCCUAGACAUAUCUCGGAAUAAAACCUAGAUACAUCUAUCAAUUGAAAAUGAUGACGUCUGAAGGUGUUGAAAUUAUUCAGCAUGCCUCGGCAAUUGUAAUGUCUUCACUUCGUAAUCAAUGUAGAG